AUGCAUCGAUCUUUCUCUCUAUUCCGCGUUUUGGAGCUUUCAAAAUCUAAAAUUGAAUGUAUUUUUGAGUUAGGCGAACAUAUUUAUGUUUCAAACAGCAAUGGUGAUCUGGAUAGGUACAAGAUCUAUCGUGGAGCUGACAACUUGAAUGAUGAUUUCGUUAUGGAGCACGUAGAGUUUUAUUCUGCAUUCACGAAAAAACCAAUCACAAAAGUGAUUCGUGAUACCUCAAAAGACAUUUUCUACGCUCUAUCCGAUUCCUCCAUACAUGUGUAUAAAAUAUCAACGUUCGAGAAGCUCCAGAGUAUUGGUAGCUAUUGCCAAAACAUGUGUUUAUACGGAAAUAAUCAAGUUAUUCUGGCAGAAAGAAAGUAUCUAAAUAUUUAUAAAUGGCAAGCACCCAAUCGACUUGUUCACGACAAAUCAAUCUCCCUUAAUGAUCGAGCCCGUACUUUAGCAUGGAUGUCCUCAAAUAUGAUACUUGUCUCUUUUUCAAACGAGUUUGUUGCAGUGAACGUUGAAACAUCUCAGUCAUCCUCUUUGAAUCUGCCUUGGCAGCCGUCGUCUUCUUUAGGACUCGGCAUGAGUUACAUAGGGAUGUCUAUGAAGUUGAAUCGUUUACAUAUUACAAGAAUUUCCGAUGAAGAAGUUCUACUGUCAAGAGACACGCAAGGCUACCUGGUUAAUCUUAAAUCUUUACAUGUUUCAAGACAGCCAUUAGUUUGGCCUACAAGCCCACAAGCUGUUAUCUACAAUUCACCUUAUUUAGUUUCUCUCCAUUCACAGUACAUUUACGUUUGGAAUAAGGAUACUCAUGCUCUUAUCCAACAAAUUGGUAUUAGUAACAUCUCCUCUACCUUUUCUUGCGAAGAAAAUACAUUUUUUACGUCAAACUCUUAUGUUUGGAUUCUUGUUCCUGAAGAUUUCGGUUCUCAGAUUGAAUCCUUGUUGCAAUCGAAUCAACUUGAUGAAGCGAUAAGCGUCUUGGACCAGAUUGACGAUGUGAAAUUUCCCAAACGGAAUUAUUAUCUUCGUAUGACGAAAAGAGAAAAAGCUUCUCGUUCCUUUUCCUCCGGUGACUAUGAGACCGCCAUGAAAUUAUUUACGGAAAUAUGUGAAUCUCCCUCUUUUGUUUUGAGGCUUUUCCCAAAACUCGUGGAAAACGAUUAUUCUGAUGCACUUAGUAUCCUGUCUUCUGGCCCUCCUCCUUCAGACCUGCCAACGGUUGGAUCUCCUCAAACAAGUAUACGCCCAACGUCGAAGAUCGAUUCUCAAGGACAGGAUGAUAGCAAAUCUGUGGUUUUCAACAACAAACGGCUACGAAGUUUGAGUGCAUAUUUGACUGAUUCAAGAAGGAAAGCAAAUCUCUUCUUGAGUUGGGAUGAGGAAACUUACCAUUCAUACCAAAAAGAUCUUUUUCGUAACGACGAUGGAAGUAUAAUAUCUAAAAAGGAUUUGGAGAAUAUUGCUGUCGAAGUUGAUACUACACUAUUUUUAACAUAUAUGGUGUCUACUCCGGCCCUUGUAGGAUCUUUACUGCGUUUACCUAAUCACUGUGAAACUUCAGUCGUAGAAGCAAACUUAACGUCGGCUGGAAUGUUUCGUGAAUUGAUUGAUUAUUAUUUUGGUAAAAGAGAUCAUGACGAUGCUCUGAAAUUGUUGACAAAACUUAACGAAGAGGGAACCUCUUUAUCCUCCUCUAAGGCUCAAGAGGAAACCUCUAAAUACGACGAUAUCCUUAGCUAUCUUCAAAAACUUAAUGCUGAGGAUAAGAAAUAUGUCUUUGAAUAUGCCAGAACUCCUCUUAUUAAUGAUCCUAAGGCCUCGAUACGGUUAUUUCUUAAUGAUACAAGCGGGAGUAGUGCUAUAUCUCAUGGUGCAGUUUUAAAUUACCUUGAGACCGUAUCUUCUGAGGUUUCCAUCUUUUAUUUAGAGAAUCUAAUUGCUUCUGGGAAAACAGAUCUCGAGACCUUUUCGACUCGCCUUGGCCAACUGUACUUGCGUCGAAUUCAUGAAUUAGAGAGGGAGAGCAGCGAUAAAAAAUUCUCAGCUAGUUUUGAAAGUGUGUUAAAAGGAUUCAUGCAGCACUUGAAUGAAUCAAGAAGAUAUGAUGCGAAUGCAAUACUUAACGACAUCGAUCCCAAUGACCAUCAUUUGUUUGAAGCAUCGGUAAUCCUUUAUCGACAUUUAUCGAGGCAUAGAGACGCGCUGGACGUAUAUUUAGAUAAAAUGAAGGACUGGAAAGGGGCGAAUGGUUAUUGUGAUUCUAUUUAUAUGGACACUGGCGAGACUGAGCCUUAUUAUAUGUACCUUUCAGAUCUCGCAAAUCAACAACCAGAAGGAAUAAUAUCAUUUAUUACGAAGUAUAGCUCUCGCUUGAAAAUGAAAAGGAUUUUUCCUCUGUUACCCAAAGAUACCAGCAUGAAAACUUAUCAUACAUUUUUGUCUUCUCAAUUUCGACAACUCUACGAAGAAAAAAAUAAGAAAGAAUUACAAUCAAAGUUGUACCAAACAAGGAUUAAUGAUUUAAAUGCAGACCUCUCCCACAUCCGUUCAGAAAAAGUUGUUAUAACAAGAGAAAAGACUUGUUUACAUUGCCACAAGCGAUUAGGAAAGAGCGUUAUUUCUAUAUUUCCCGAUGGUUCUGUCGUACACUACGGCUGUGCUAAAAAAUAUUUGGUCCAUAGGAAUCUUCCCUAUGAAGCCUAUUAA